AUGGGGGCACUUCAGCACUGGGAGGCCGGGGAGGCGGACAGGGCUUACAGAGAUCAUAUCACUUGCGGAUCAACUGAUGGCCAGACAGUAAUCGGUGGAAGUGUUGUCACAACUCGUGAAUCAAAUGUUUUGCGGACAAGUGUUGACCACAAGAAUCAAGAGUCCAUUGAAUGUGAAGACUGUGGAUGCGAUGGACACGAAGUGAGUGAUGAUAAUGAAGACCCGAUUGAUGGACACGACUCACGAGGAAGUGAUCAUCAAUUGAAUGACACAAUCGUUAAGAACACUAAAAGUAUGCGAAUUAGAGGAAAGUCUGUUCACAACACCAGAAGAAGUGAUAAACAAUUGAAUGCAAAGAAAGUUAAGAAAAAUGUGACAAAACAUGUGAUGAGUAGACGACUAUUCACGUGUUCAGUCAAUGGAUGUCUUCAGAGGCUUUCCAACAAACCAGAUGUGAUUCGACAUGAGUUAAGACUACAUCCCAAUGACUUCCCGGACAUACCAUGGAUUAGGUGCCGAUAUACUGGCUGUCAGUAUAGGACUAAAUUCAAUACUGAUAUGAAUUGGCACCAGAAAAUACAUUCAAACUCUUAUGAAUGCCAACACACGGGCUGUCAGUUUAAGACUAAAUAUAAACCAAGUUUCAAACGACAUAUUCAGACAUAUAAUCACAAAAAGCUACCGAAGCUCUCGUGCGAUGGGAAAGGCUCUCAAAAGGUGUCUAUCGGAAGGCAAAUCAAGUGUUCAGUUAAAGGAUGUUAUCAAAGGUUUCAAAGUAAGGGUUACUUAACUAAACACGAGUUGAGACAACACUCAGAUGCCUUUCCCGACGUACCAUGGAUUGAAUGCCAGCGUAAGGGCUGUCAGUUUAGGUGUAAACUCACGGACGAUAUGACUGUACAUAAGAAAAUGCACACAAAUCCCGGUAAAGUGGUUACCCGUCGGUGCCGAUCGACAGAAAUUACUGAAUUAACUGAUAGACAACUGGAUAGUGACUUAAAUCGUGAGAACAUUGACAAUACUAUUGUGAAUGUCAAACACGAGUCAAUUGACGACAAUAUCAUUGAACCCAACGUUAACUCAAACUUCAAACUAAUGACUGAUUUAUUGUUAACUCAAACAAAACGGGAAGACAUAUAA